AAACCCACCAGCCCUUCUAACAGGCACCAAGCCCUCCGGGAAGUUAUUUUUAGGGUUCAUCUGUUCUCUUUUAUUUCUCCUUUAGAUUCCAUCUUCUCCCACCCCCAGAUUUGAAAGACCUAAAGAUUUUCAAAAUCAUUCAUCAUUGCCCCAGCUCACAAAACUGUGCCUUCACCCCCACUUUCCCUGCACCACUCCCCUUUUCUCCCUUGCCACCCUCUCCCGCUGGUCCUCCUGCUCCCUGGGCAGCCAGGAAAGCAGGCUCUUUGUCUGACAUCAUCCUCCACUCCCCGGCCUGCUAGGAGUUACUCACUCAGGCAAUCCCUGCCCCACCAGAGGAGACUGUCCAAUUGCCAAGCAACCCGCUGCUGGCCAAUCACGGAGCUCGGAGGUGAUGUCAUGGCGAGAGCGAGCGGUGGUGCUGAUGUUGAGAGAAGCCCAGGGUACCACUAAUUGAGGGAGUGAGGAAGAGAGCGGGGCUCGCUUCUAACCGGACUGCAGGCGUGUGACAGCGUCCUGAGCUGGCGACAGACCCACUCUGGGACUCUCAGUCGGAUUCAGCCACCAGAGCCCAGAAACAUGACCCUCGCUGCCUACAAAGAGAAGAUGAAGGAGCUCCCGCUGGUGUCCUUGUUCUGCUCGUGCUUCCUGGCUGACCCUCUGAAUAAGUCGUCCUACAAAUACGAAGGCUGGUGUGGGAGACAGUGUAGGAGGAAGGAUCAAGGCCAGCAGGAAGACAGUGCUGACUGGAGAGAGAGAGGAGCGCAGGCGGACACGGUGGACCUGAACUGGUGCGUCAUUUCUGACAUGGAAGUCAUCGAGCUGAACAAAUGCACCUCGGGCCAGUCCUUCGAAGUCAUUCUGAAGCCGCCCUCCUUUGAUGGGGUGCCCGAGUUCAACGCCUCCCUGCCCCGGCGGCGAGACCCUUCCCUGGAAGAGAUCCAGAAGAAACUAGAAGCAGCUGAGGAACGAAGGAAGUACCAGGAAGCUGAGCUCCUGAAACACCUAGCAGAGAAACGGGAACACGAACGGGAGGUGAUCCAAAAAGCCAUUGAGGAAAACAACAAUUUCAUCAAGAUGGCUAAGGAAAAACUGGCCCAAAAGAUGGAAUCCAACAAAGAGAACCGGGAGGCCCACCUUGCUGCCAUGUUGGAACGGCUGCAAGAGAAGGACAAGCACGCUGAGGAGGUGCGGAAAAACAAGGAGCUGAAGGAAGAGGCCUCCAGGUAAAGCCCAGAGGCCAAAGAAGUUUCCAGGACGGCGGACAGCGCCCGCAGCGCCGCGAUCCAGGCAGCCCGCCCGCGGCUGCGCUCCCAGCACUGGGGUUCGGGGGGAGGGGGGUGGCCACGGGGCGUUUCCUCUGCUUUUGGUGUUUGUCCAUGUAAAGAAUUGAGCAGUGAAGCCAUCCUAUUUGUUUCCGGGGAACAAUGAUGGGGUGGGAGACGGGAGAGGAGGAGAGAGUUUGGGAAGGGGAGACCGAGACGAGCUCGCUGACGUCGCAGCCCGGUCCGGAGCAGGCUCGGGCCCAGCCCUCCGUUUCCACAUCUCUGCCCGGCACCGGGCGUCCGGGCGAAGAACGGAGAGGGAAGACGAGAGCCCGGGCGGCAAAGGUUCGGAGUGAAGGGCCGAGUCCCGGGCGGGGCGGUGGCUGCAGGGCCCGCAGGAGAAGCCCGGCCCGGAGGGGCUGCGAGGCCCAGAGCUGCGGCUUCCGCCCUGCAGCGGGUGGGACGAGGUCUCUGUGUGUGUGUGAUCCAUUCUCUUUUGAUCAUCACGACCAAUGAAAUAUUGACUCCA